AGAGAGAGAGUUCGCCGCGGGAAUUCUCGGUUGCUAAGUCCCGCGCUGCUGUAACUCGGUAACCCACACUUAAACACACUCGAGAUGGAUUUAUGAUGGAGUGUUUUGUGUUUUUGACGCCAGGAGUCUAGCCCGCGGUGUAAUCUCCAUCAGCUCGAGCUCAGCUACACCCUCAGCUGAACUGAACUGAACUCUCCCGCGGUUCUCUUUGGAGCUCGAGACGCGCCGCACGCGCAAAGUUUCUCAGCGCAGUUCGACGCACGCGCGCUCCUAAUUAACCACAGUCGUCAAGGUGUAGAAUGUCCUCAAAGGGACGCAGAGUGUCCGAGGAGAAGAGGGGCCAUGAUGAAGGCCGGCUUGUGUGUGAGGAACGGCUCGGGAGUGCAGGAGUGGACGGACGGGUCCAGAUAUGAGGGAGAGUUCCUGAAUGCGCUAAAACACGGCGACGGAGCUUUCACCUGGCCUAACGGAGAGUGUUAUAAAGGCUCCUUCUACAAGGAUUACCGCCAUGGCAGAGGAACCUACUUCUGGCCAGAUGGCUCUCAGUUCAAGGGAAGGUUUUAUCUGAAUCAUAAAGAGGGCUAUGGCGUCCAUCUUUUCCCUGAUGGAACCAUUUUUGAGGGUCUGUACCAUGCUAAUGAGCGUUUCGGACCUGGAGUGAUGUCAUAUCCUGAUGGCCGCCAGGAUGUUGGUCUAUGGUACCGCCAGUGGCUACUGCGACUCUGCACCACUGUUAAGGGAGGCUUCACCUUAACGGACAUCCCGGAACACAUGGCCCGACUCACACAGCAAAACCUGACACAGAUCAAGUCUCCGCCUUCCUUCACAACGGGGUCUUGUAUGGAAAGCCAGAAUUUCUUCACAGUUGACACAUAUCUGCUGAGCGACUCCUCUCAUCAGGAGGACGAGCAGUUCAUCCUUCCCCCAGGCAUUGAGAGCUACUCCACCGACUCAGACCACCUGCCUAUACCCCGGCGCCUGCGUCAAGAACUCGACUUGCACUUCUUUAACAGAAGCAAUGUCAGCAUGCCUUUGUUCUCUAAUGGAGUACCUCUUCAGCAGAGAAUGGAGGCUCACAUCCACUCACACAGAUUUGAGGUUGAGGAUUUGGACUGGGAUGUUGCCGCAGUCCUGGCUAUGAACCGGGAUCACUUUGGAUCUAAGGGCCCUCUGGAGCUCAGGUCAGAAAGGCUCAUUAGAGAGGCAUCGCUUGGUGACCUCCAGAAGGUCCAGAGCAUCCUUAGAGAUGGAAAAGUUCACCCGGAUGUAGGUGAUGUGAGCGGACACACUGCACUCAUCGCAGCUACGGUCAGUUGUCAUUAUGAUGUGAUCAACAUGCUGCUGGACAGUGGGGCCGAUGUGAAUAAGCUGAAUGCUGAAGGGAUGUCUGCUCUGGCUGUGUGCAGUGUCCUUUACUACCCACUCCAUUCUCUACAAGAGACAGUGGCUGAAAAGACUUCUCAGGAUGUCACCACAGACCCAGAGAUCAGCGAGUCCUCAACCCUGGCAAACAGCCCACAGGGGGCUGCAGGUGAGGAAAGGCCAAAAGAUGACGUUGAUACAGAACUGUCAGUCACAGACAGCCAAACUAACCAGGUGAAGCCUGAAGAGUGCAGCACAGCUCAAAAGCCUGAAGCUCCCGAGCACGCUGAGGAAAUUAAAACCCCCAGUAAAGAUGAAGUGGUUCAUCAGCAGAUGCAAAAUGGGCAGGGCAGGGUGGUAGAGGCUUCUGCUUGCCGCCAAGGUGAUGAUGAGGGUGAAAAUGUCAUUUCCGCUGAGAAAGAGGAAAAAAUUGACAGAAAUAGGACCCCAGGAAAGGACCCUGGUUUUGACUUGGCUAGUUCUGUGACUAGCUUCCACACCGACACAACAGAGGACAUCAUGCAGCAGAUGGCUGAGGUUCCUUGUGAAACUGGUCAGGUGUCAUCUGCAGAAACUCAGGAGACAGUUCACAGGAUGACUGUCAUGAAAACUGAAAAUGAGGCCUACUGGGCCACCAUGAAGCUGCUGCUGGAGCGAGGAGCGGACCCAAACGUGUCCAGCAUUCCGAUGCCUGUCAUUUUCCUGGCCAUAAAAGCAGGCCACGUUGAAGCUGUGCAGAGGCUGCUAGAAUGUGGCGCUCGCACAGACCUGCUCUUAACAGCUGAGCAAAAGGGCCUGUACCCGCUCCAUGUAGCAGCUGGACUAACUGGCCCAGAGGGUCCUAAGAUCACAGAGCUGCUCCUGCAUGCUGUUGCAGACCCUGAUGUGAAGGCACAGGACUCCAGCGAAGUGUACGAUCUGGACAAGACCUCAAAGGAGGAGCAGGUGGGUGGUGGAAACCCGUCGUCCCUGGGUUCUGAACCCCCAACCUGCAUUUAUACAUCCUCCGUAGAGGCACGUAAGGAAGGGGGAAGGACUCCACUUCACGUGGCCUGCCAAAGAGACACGGAUUACGCAAAUGCCAGAGAUGUCGUCUCUAUUCUUCUCUCCCACAAAGCAAGCACUGACCAUCUGUGGAGCGGCCAUUCCCCCCUCUCCCUGGCCAUUGCCAGUGGCAACGACCUUGCUGUGGAUGAGCUUCUGGCUGCUGGAGCCGAUCCUAACCUGCCCCUCUCCUGCCGAGUGGGCAGUGCACUGUGUGCUGCCGCCAACAUCCACUACAACUCUGGGCCUCGCCUGCGCAACAGAAUCAAACUGGUCGAGAAGCUGGUAAAGGCUGGUGCCAAUAUCCUGAUGCCUGUAAUGGUUGGCGAGAGGAGCAGGAGUGCUACAGGAACAGCAGUGGAUUAUGCUUAUUAUAUGUUUAACAAGGACCGGCGAGUUGCUCACAUCCCUUACCAUGCUCUAAAACAGCAAGAGAGGGAGGCCUACAACGGCCGCCGACAGCUCAUCACCAUGAUGGCAGAGCUGAUGAGACAAGCUGCCACCAGCAUGGAGAAGCAGCGUCUGGAAAAUGAAAAGAGCCAAGGCAUACACAGUGUUAGUCCCACAGACAAGUUUGUCUUUACUGGAAUAGGAGCCACACCCCCUGCAGAUAGAACAAGAGUGCAUAUAGCUAUAGAGGAGCAAAGAGAAUCAGCAAACGUGUCUACAGCUCAAAAGAGAUCACUAAGCAAAGGUGAAGCUAAGACCUUGACUGUGAGGAAACCCUUAUUUAAGUACUGUUACCAGUGCGGCCGUUCAGCGUGGGUGGUGUUGACGCCCUGUAGCCGCUGCCACGAAGUGUUCUACUGCAGUAAGACAUGUAAGCUGAAGGCCUGGAAUGAACGCCAUAAAGAAGAGUGUGUCCGCGUGCCAGGAAGUGGACGUCCUGAGGGUAGUCAUAUGUCUGGUGACCAGCGGUGCCUUCUUUCAAGCAAAAGCUCCAGGAAAAGCAACGAUCUGAAUUUCAAAUUGGAUAAACCAAACUCAAGCAAGGCAGCAUCAUACACCUUCACACAUCAGUAUCACCCUCAAGAAAAUUACAGUUUUAUUUGAUUGUGUAGGUGAAAGAAAGACUCAACACAACACAACAGAAGUGGGGAGAUUUUCAUUGUUACGAUGAACUUUUGGAUUUUAACCCAAGCCUGGGUCUUGCUGAUCUUGCACCCUUCUUCCAACACACCUGACUCUAACAUUCAGUUCCUCCUAAAAGUAUUGAUUAACAGGGAUCAGGGUGUUAAAUUAUGUUGGAGUUAAACUUCAGUUAUUUCAUGUCAUUUUGCGUUUGAUUCCUUUUUUUUGUAAUACGCAUCCAUUGUAUUCACAGACUCAUCAGUAACUGACCAAAAAAUAUUGAUCACUUUCCCCAUGAGCUAUUGACAUUUAAACAUAGUAGUACAAUUUAUCAAAAAUGUCCUACGCUUAGAAUUACGCAAGGUAGUUUAGGUGAUAUAACUCCUGUCAAGCAGAAUAAAAAGCAGUAGUCAACAUGAUCUAAUAGCGGAUCAUAGCUUUCUCUGUUAAUGCAGAAAAGAUGGUGACACUUUAUCAAAAAGAGUGUGAUUGUGUCUCAUUCAUUUAGCAUCCAUUCAUUUCCAUACAGUUCUAAUCAUGACAUGAGAGAUUCAUUCUUGACCUACUUAUUUCAGUUCAGUUAAACUGUACAUUUCUAUUUCACAAACUAUUUCAGCCUCUUCAGUGAUCCACACACACACACACAUUUACCCACAUGGCCCUCUUGUUCUGUAGGUAUCCAGAAAUAUCACACAUUACUGUGCUACUAAACAGAUCCUGGUGAAAAUAAACAAACAGCUUUACACCCACGUUGACAGAUAUUUAUUGUUUUUAAUUCACGUCAACCAGCAACAGGAGCUUAAAGUAGAAUGACAGUACAGGAUCCAAUGACAGUCUGAUCCAAUGAAGCAGGACAACUGAAUUUAGUUGAUUUUAUCUUACCUAAUCAUUUCAUAUUCUGGGACUGUUUGAUCUUUCCUUAAAUGCAUGUCCAUGCAUCCAAACAUGUAGAUCUUCUUUUUUUACCUCUUUUUUUUUAUUUGUGAAGUGCUGGAAAAAGGAAGUUGUUUAUAAAUUAGCAUUGUAAAAUAAAAUGAAGCACAGACUCA